GCUACUGAUUCCGGGCCGUCCCGUUUCAAACGGGGCAGGCUCCAUUAUUAACCGGUUUGUGGGGCUGCAGCAAUUUGCGGAAUGUUCGUUAAUGUGAAUCCACUCGAGCGUGUCUUUGUAGUGGAAUUGGUGAGCGGAAAGAUUACGGAGUUUUGCUAGCCACCAGGCAAGAGCCGAUCAAGAGAGGGGUUGGUCUCUCAAGCUACAGUCUUCCUUUUGUCCGCCGCAAGAAUAGCUGACAUGUCGCUCGACAGAGGCAGCUCCACGCGCAUCUCUCUGAAGAGCAUCACUAAAAGAUUAGGUGUUCGCAGCAAGGACUACAGCAAGGUAGAAGACCUGUACGACACUCGUGUCCCGCUCCACAACGAAGAUGCCUUCACUCACGGGCUCAAGUUCAAGGCAAAAUUCAUAGGAAGUCUGGAGAUCAGUAGACCGACGUGUAAGGUGGACAUCAUCACUGCCAUGAGGAGGAUUCGCUAUGAAUUCAAGGUGAAGGGAAUUCGGAAAAUUCGAUCAAACAUCCUCGUCUCCACCCAGGGUGUAAAAGUCAUCAAGAGAAAGAGAAAGAGGUCCAGAAAACGUUAUACGGAGGAACAGUUGUUUAUCAUGCAGCACCCCAUCUAUCGGAUAUUCUACGUGUCCCACGACUCGCAAGACAUGAAGAUAUUCAGCUACAUCUCCAGAGAGCUUCCCAGCAGCACUUUCCGUUGCAACGUCUUCAAGGCCUACAAGAAGAACAUGGCACUGCACAUUGUGAGGAGUUUGGGCCAAGCUUUCGAUGUCUGUCACCGGCUAAAUCCCAGGCCCAAGAAGACGAAGAAGGAGGGGGAGGAGGGGGAGGGAGAGGGAGAGAAGAAGGCAGAGGAAGGGGAAGGAACAGCUGAUAAUGGUGACGAGAAGGCAGAGCUUGGAGCCGAUCUGUCGGCCGGGUUGAAAGAAAUCUCGCUGGAAGAAGGAGGGAAGAAAACAGAGCCAGCUCCACAAGUCGACCUGAUGGGUCUGGACUUUGACCCCUUUGUUUUCAAUUUCGAGACCCCCGGAAGAGUGGGGGCCACACCCAACGGGGGCCCCCAGAACGGGUUUGACUACUCCAGUUUCCCCGGAGGUGGGGGAGGUGGUGAAGCCGCUGGCUUCCCACCCCUCAUGGUCAGCAACAACCCAUCUGGGUUCCCAGAUCUACCAGCUGGGAGCAACUCUGCCCAGACUCAACUGCAGCUGAUGGGAAGACCACGCCCCCGACCUGCAGGCUCCUCCAACCAACAGAACAUUAUUCAGGAGAAUCCGUUUACUGACACCCUAAGGACAGGGAGUGCCUCACCCACACUCUCCAUUGGCGAGGCAAUCGAUGGUCCAGUAGAGAAGAUGAUCAGUAAUCCGUUUAUGGCUGACCCAGGAGGCCAGCAGGCACAGCAGUGGGAGAUGUACCGCCAGCAGAUGGCGGCACAUAUGCAGCUGAUGCAGGAACAGCUCAAGCAAGAGAAGGCAGCUAGGAUCGAGUCACAGGCAAGCCUCCACAGACACGCACACAUGCACACACAGCUAUAAUCUAUUUCUUCUCCAGGCGAGAGUGGAACAUCUCCACCAGCAGAACAAUCAGCUCCUGACCCACGUCCAGAAGCUGAUGGUGGAACUGGAGAAGCUGCAGUCCCUCCAGAUGGCCCAGCUCCUUGCCAGCGGAGCCGUGCCUCCUACCUCCACCGCCGAACCUUCCUCCUCCUCCCUCCCCGUCAUACUUGAGGCUUCCUCUGAUCAAGAGCCCACUAGCAUCGCCUCCAUCGUUGCUGCACCCCCUGCCGAGACUCCACCCCCUCCACCUGAAGCCACACCCACCACCUCGGAGACACUCCUCUCGACAGCAGCCAGCAGUCCAUCUGCCACGGUUACCUCCACCUCUUCUUCCAGUACCACGACAAUCACAACCACUGACAGUGAGCUCCUUUCCACUCCAUUUGAUGCCCACCAACCUCACGAACAGGAGACUUUCCCACUGAUCCAGCCCAACGAAGAGGGGCUCCCCACUGAAACGAGCACUCCAGUUGCCCCCUCCACCGAGUCUCCCGCCAAGGUGGAAAACGAGGGGGACACCCCAGAAUUCCCCCUUUUCUCUGACACUGCCAACCUGCCUACAAAUGACCCUUUUGCUCCCCAAUAGCAACAUGACAUAUGAUUACAGCUGUGAUAAUUAUUGUGACCACGUAGUGCUAAAGUGAACAAGCUAUUUUAGAUAUACUAUCGCUACACUAUCUUUUUUAAUACCUUUUUAUUGCCAUUUUGUACAAUAAUAAUAUUAUGGUGAUUCUUUUUGUACAAACCGUGUUGCAUUCUUGUCACCAAAACACCUGUUUUUUUAUCAAUAAUUCCACAAUUGCGUGCCAAUUGGUUGAGACGCGCCGUAACUAUUCUUAAAUCUUGGAGUUGAAGGGGAAAAUCUCAGGCGGUUUUGUAAAGCUAUGUCAUACUGCUGUAGUUCCUCAUGUUGCGGGUCUUCUUGAGAAAAUAGGACCCUUCUGUAGCUCUCUGGCUUGGUCGUCGGUUGCUGCUGGCAACGGUAGCCUUCUCGUCCUCACUCCCGCCACCAACCAGGUCUGAAGAGGAAGACCUGCUCCCGGAGUCAAUUCCAACGUUUCGGGGUGGAGUUCUGGAGUUGGGGGAAUUGGUGGAGUAGUUCUCGGGGUGUAAGAGGCGGUCGGGAAUGUCUGGAGUAGAGGAAUUGUCUGAUUGGACGCUCAGGGUGCUCCUUCUGGCUGUUGGCUCUCUAACGACGGGGACGAUGAUUACAAUCCCCCGCCACUUGAGGAUGAGGUACACCACGUAAACAGAGAUGUAGAGAAGAGGAAGGAAACCGAGAGCGUAGUUUAUCGCAAACAGUGCGCGAUUCAUUUCACCGUCUAUGUAAGAGUUGACAAAGUUUGCAAAACUGAAGCUGUUCAUGAGGGCGAGGAGAGAGAAAACGCUCAAAUCGACCUUGUUGAAGAAGGCUUCCUUGUAUGGCUUCACGAGGGCAAACACGAGCACGGCCGCAGUGCAGAGAAUCUGCUGCAUAAGCAACUGAAUGACCAGCGACGUCUCCACAGCGUAGAUCAAGAGCAGGACGACGCGCAGGGUGAGGUAGAGCCCUGAAAAAUAGCGGUAGUCUCUGUUAUUGUUGGUGUGGUUCUUGAAGCAGCCCUGGAAGGCGUCGGCAAAAGUGUGGACCGUCUGCCAGGAACGUCUAGAGCACCGGUUGAGGCAGCGCUGGAAAACCUUUGUGGGGUAGAGGAAGAGGAAGAGAGGAGGCACCAGAACAAAGACCACGCCGAGAAAAAGUGCCAGCAGCCCCAAAGGAAGAUGAGGGCCCCUGAAAAAGGAGUACUGAGGGUCAAAGUAGAACAACAAUUCUCCUGUCUCCGAGCGUCUGUCGUGGAAGACAUAGUACUCUCGGGUGGGUGUCAGCAGAGAAAUGGUGAUGACAGUGACCUUUGUGUAGG